UUGAUGUGCAGCAGCUCAGCGCUCAUGCUUCAGCCUGGACGAAGAGGAGGAAGAAGCAGAAGCGGGCAGAGUAAAGCAGAAGACUGACUCCUGUCCACACCGGGUCCCGGACUAAACUGAAGUAGUUUUUGAAGAGCUGCAGGUGAAGCUGGUUCCCGCCUCUCAUGGCCAACGAGCGGCUCAGAGCUCUGGAGGACGUGGAGAAGGAGAUAGCCAUGAUCCUGCAGUGUGCCGGUAAUAUAGUUCUGGAACUGUCCAAAGACAAACACAACGCCAGUCUCCUGGACAGACAGCUGGUCCAGUUCCAGAGCUCCGUCAACAGAGUGGAGAGCGAACUGAGCGGCCAGAUCCGAUACCUCACACAGGUAGCUACCGGUCAGCCUCACGAAGGCUCCACUUACUCGGCGAGGAAGGACUGUCAGAUGGCGCUGAACAGAGCCGAGUAUGCUAAGGUCAAACUGGGAGAACUGGGACGGACCUGUGAAGUGAUGCUGGAGCAGCAGCAGCAACAACAACAACAACAACAACAACAGCAACAACAACAACAACAGCAACAGCAGCAGCAGCAGACAUGAAGCAGAGAGGGAAGCUCACUCUGAUACGUAAUGUUACUGUAUCUGCCAGCAGCCUAAAAACCUCAUAGAUCAAUUUAUUUUUUAUUACAAAUACUGAAGUAUCGCAAGAAACACAACCUUUUGUAUAUAACACUUUUUUUUUCUCUCAGUAGUAUAUGUUCUGGGUAUGUUUUUUGUUUGGUGCUUUAACUGAUUUUUUCUGUUCAUGGUGCAUUGCAGACCAUAUUUAGCUCAUGUAAAACAAUGAAUUUUGAUUCAAGUGAUGAUUUUUUUCUGUUCAUGGUGCAUUGCAGACCAUAUUUAGGUCAUGUAAAACAAUGAAAUUUCCAUAUGUUUCAGCAUUACAAGCACUUGUUAGGCUCCAGGUUCUAUGUGGAUCUGCAAUCUUGCACCCACAUCAUACAGGGAGAAAUAAGAGUUAAAGCAGAGUCGCAAUUUUCUCCAGAAACAGACAGUUAGCUUUGUGGAAUAUUAGUGAUAAAAGCCAAAAGUUGAGUGUAAAUGACAAGCUCUUGAGAUUCGAGCAUUUAUUUAUGGAUGUUUCUUUAUAUCUUGUCAGGAAGGGGGUUGAAAUAAUGCUCCAGAGUUCGGCAAAUUUUGUUAGCGAGAGAAAAACUGACCAUUUUUAAAGGGGUCCUUUGACCUCUGAAUAAAAAAAGGUUUCUGUGGGUACCCACGAUUCUCCCCUUUACAGACCUGCAGCACAAAUGUAUUAUUUUGGCCUGUUGUGUUUGAAUAUUUCUGCAUACAGAGGUCCUUUAAUAGUCAAGUCAAGUCAAAGUUUAUUUAUAGAGCACAUUUAAAAACAACCUCAGUUGACCAAAGUGCUGUACAGUUAUUAAAAUAGAAUAAAUCAUACAAAAAUAGGUAUAAAUAAAAACAAUAAAAACAAUAAAAUACUAAAAACAGUAAAACAAUAAAAUAAAAUAGAAUAAAAUAGUAAUAAAAGCUCAAUCCAAAACAGAGACAGAGAUAAAAAAUUAAAAAAAAUAGAGACUCUUGUGGGUUCAAUGAGCUUAUCUUAUCCAUUUGAAGGGCCUCUAACCAAGAAGGGUAUUUUAGUUUAGUUAAUAUAAAACGAGUGAAAUCAAAGUAAAUUAAAUGUCCAUCCAGGAUCUUGAUACAUUGUAAGAAAACUAAAACUCUUUUU